AUGGCAUCUCGGAUCACCACGUCUCUUGUUGGAUCCGCUGCGGUGUGCGGCAUCAGCAGUAGCUUCAGCAGCACGCGCCGCGGCGCUAACGUCUUGAAGAUGUGGCGGCGCGCGAUUGCAUGGCGCGUGGGGCGCUUCAGCGAGAAAGAGCAGUGCGCUAUGCGCUCCCCCCGUGCGUCACUCGGCUUCUCCCCUCUGCGACCCAAGCCCGUGGCUAAGCCGCCCAGCAAGAAGCCCAGGCCCAGGGAUGUGAUGGGUACCGCUGCUGCUGUGAAGCCCAGAGCGGUGCAGAGCGGUCAAGCGACCGUCGCAGCUGCAGCAGUCAAAGCCACGGCAGCUAAGGCGACAGCAGCAAAGACGACGGAAGCUAAGUUGGUGACUCCAGCCAAGGCGACGCCAGCCAAAGCGGCGCCAACUAAGGCGACACCAGCUAAGGUGACCCCAGCCAAGGCGACGCCAGCUAAGGUGGCGCCACCAACCAAGGCCGUGCCAGCUAAGGCGACACCUCCAGGACCUACUGCGACGGUAGAUGUGAAAGCUGCAAGUGCAAAGGGUGUUGUGGGAGAGACGGGAGGAGAGGUGGAGGAAUGUGGUGAGCUGGAAUGGGAAGGCAUGGCACGAGGGGGAAUGACAUGCCCUUGGAUCCUCUGCUGA